GUUGCGCAUCAUGCUUUCUAAAUCCAGGUGAGAAUGUGUGUGAUUUGUUUACAUUUACAUUUAACCAUUUUGCAGACACUUAUAUCCAAAGCGACUUACAAAUGAGGAACAGUUUACAGUAUGGUUGGCACAUUUAAAUCAAUGGCAUAAUAUAAUCCUGGAUGUAUCAGGAAAAGCAGGGCAUUUGCAAGAUCGGGCAUACAGUGUGGACACAACCAAACGGCAAUAAUCAUGAUGCAACCAUGGCUAUUUGUUUUAAUCUGCAGUCCAUUCUGCCUUGCCUCCAGCGUUGUCAACAUUUUUUUCUUCUCUUGGCUAAUCCGACCAGCCGCCGGAGUGACGGUUCGCUAUCCUAUGCGGUUCUUGUUAAUCACUGUGCUUUGCAAUUCAGCAUUUCUUCAAAUUGUCACUGCAGUGAUUAUGAUAAACACUGUUGUAAUUCCACCUUUUUGGUUUCAUACGGUAACCAGAGUUUUGAUUUACCAAGGGUUUACCGGCAACUUCUCAUGCAACGCUUGGAUCAGCAUUUUCUACCACGUGUCAAUUGUUCCACAACAUCGUGCCAUCUUAGUCUGGAUUAAGAGGCAUAUUACAGGCGUAAUAUAUGUUGGCUUUACUUCUACUCAGGUACUACUUAUUUUUUCUCUGACUUUGGGAACAAUAACAUUUUUGAUGGAUACUGAUGCUACAUCGAUUAAUUCAACCAUAAAUACGCUAAACACAUCCUCAUUACCUCAACCUAAAGAAUUGAAGUUCUUUCAGUUGUCAAAUUUAUUGUAUGUGUUAUAUUGCACAUGUCCACUUAUCACAUUAUCAGUAUCUUGGGGCAAAACUUUUGUUUAUCUUCGUGGACAUAUGAAACAAAUGGGACAGAAUGAAUCUUUUUCUCAAUCCCAACAGAAGAGCCAGAUGAGAGUCACGGUGAUAGGCAUGAUACAGGCGGCUGUGUUUCUACCCAGCAGCCUAUGGACUGUAGUAGCUGCUUUUCUCUACGUAUUUGACCUUUUUGAUGUAGUUGAUCCCAGUAGAUAUAUCACAAUAUCAUUCUGCGCUGUAUCCAACUUGGGCAAUCUUCUGUGUUUUGGAUUCUCUCAGUCUGUGUUUCGCGUUAGGAUUGUAAGUUUGUUGAGAAAACUAAAGAGGAAUAAAGAGGACUCAUAAAUGCUCAUGAUGAGGCUACGGAAGUGCGUCU